UUUGCUUUUCCAGCUCUGUCCCCUCGUACAAAGGAGUGAAGAAAGAGUGCAGCUGAUAGCAAAUUAAGCUGCAACCCCAAGCUAUCCUCUUCCCUUCAUUCCCAAGCAACCACCUCCAUAACAAAUUAUCCUCCAUCGAUAUCCUCCCCCCCCAACGCUCCUCGAAAUGGCUCUCAGCAACGUCAUCAUGGCUGCCAUCAACUUCAUGGCUAUGCUACUCUCCAUCCCAGUCAUUGCGGCCGGCAUCUGGCUCUCCACAGAUACCGAUAACUCCUGCCUGAAGCUCCUUCAAUGGCCGGUCAUUGCACUGGGCAUCGUGCUUCUUGUCGUGGCCCUCGCUGGCUUUGUGGGCGCCUUCUGGCGCAUCCCAUGGCUCCUCCUCUUCUACCUCGUCGCCAUGCUGGUUCUCAUCCUGCUGCUUGCGAGCUUGGUGAUAUUUAUCUAUGCGGUUACCAAUACUGGGGGAGCCCACCUUGCCCCAAGCAGGGCCUUCUUGGAGUACCGGCUCGAGGACUUCUCGGGAUGGCUUCGACAAAGAGUGGAGGGCUCGCACAAGUGGGAUCGGAUCAAGGCGUGUCUUAGCUCGACUUCUACGUGCGCUGAAUUGAACCAAACUUACAGAGAGGCCCAGGAUUUCUUUAAUGCAAGGCUCAGUCCCUUACAGUCAGGAUGCUGCAAGCCCCCAACACAAUGUGGAUACACGUUCGUGAACCCGACAUAUUGGAUCAGCCCGAUCAGCAUUACAUCCGACAUGGACUGCGUGCUGUGGAGCAACGAUCAGACGCAGCUCUGCUACUCAUGCUCCUCAUGCAAGGCCGGCCUCCUCGCAAACCUUAGGAAGGAAUGGAGGAGGGCAAAUUUGAUCUUGGUGGUUACUCUUGUGGGCCUCGUCUGUGUUUACUUGAUGGGCUGCCAUGCAUUUCGGCAUGCCAAGACCGAUGAGCUUUUCCAACGAUACAAGCAAGGUUACACCUAGUAAAGCACUAUUAAGGGUUCGGGUUGUAUCUUUUGCAUGAAAGAAUGAUUGAUCUUCUUUCGUAACAUCGAUCACUGGAUAGCUCUCCGAAUUAUCUAUUCAUCACCUACAUAUAUCUCAAAGCGAUCGACUAUUGCAUGAUCCAAUGGUGGAUUCGUGUGAAGGAAGGUGCAUCCUUCUUUCACGCGAAAGAUAUAACCCAAGCCUGGUGCAUACGAUACUACGGUAUGGAAGAAGGAUUUUUGGUGGGGCAAUGGUGGUUGUAUGGUGGUGGUGGGGACUGGAUUGUGGUGGGAAGGGAAUAAAGGUGUAAUUCAGCUGGGAGAUAUCGAAAGGAGAUUCCCUGAGAUUGCCGAAAGGUCGAUGUAAAGAGGGUUGUGAAUGUGUUAAAAAAGCAGUCUGAACAUAACGAGGCAUGGAAUAUUUGCUUUGCUUGUUUGAUUAUGACUGGGUUCUUCAGCUGGUGAACUUUAAUCCUUGAGGUCGGAAUGUUUAAUUGCUUUUGCUGUGGCA